AUGGCAGCGCCGGGCGAUAGGACCGAGCCACAGCACGAGUACAGCUGCAACUAUGUGGUGUCGCGUCCUGUCUACAGCGAGCUGGCCUUUCAGCAGCAAUACGAACAGCGCCUGCAGGAGCGCAAGACUCUGAGGGAUCGUCUGACCAAAGGCUGCAGUUGCUCCAGAAGGAAAGCCAUUGGUGUGCUGAAGACUCUCCUGCCUGUCUUGGACUGGCUCCCCAAGUACCGAGUUAAAGAAUGGCUGCUUAGUGACAUCAUUUCAGGAGUUAGUACUGGGCUGGUGGCUACACUGCAAGGCAUGGCGUACGCUCUGCUAGCAGCGGUUCCCGUCGGCUUUGGUCUAUAUUCUGCCUUUUUCCCUAUCCUGACAUAUUUUUUCUUUGGAACAUCAAGACACAUCUCCGUUGGACCUUUCCCAGUGGUCAGUUUAAUGGUGGGAUCCGUUGUUCUGAGUUUGGCACCCGAUGAAGACUUUGUUAUAUCCAGCAGCAAUGGGACGGCAUUGAAUACGACCGUCAUAGACUUUGCGGCAAGAGAUACAGCACGAGUUUUAAUUGCAAGCACACUUACUCUUUUGGUUGGAGUCAUACAGUUGAUCUUUGGGGGUUUGCAGAUUGGCUUCAUAGUGCGGUACUUGGCAGAUCCUUUGGUUGGCGGAUUCACAACAGCUGCUGCUUUCCAAGUGUUUGUCUCACAGCUAAAGAUUGUCCUCAACGUUUCAACCCAAAACUAUAAUGGAGUUCUCUCCAUUAUCUAUACUCUUAUUGAGAUUUUUGAAAAUAUUAGUAACACCAAUCUUGCUGAUUUCACUGCUGGAAUACUCACCAUUAUCAUCUGUAUGGCAGUUAAGGAAGUAAAUGAUCGAUUUAAACACAAAAUCCCAAUUCCUAUUCCUAUAGAAGUAAUUGUGACAAUAAUUGCUACUGCCAUUUCAUAUGGAGUCAACCUGGAGAAAAAAUACAAUGCUGGCAUUGUUAAAUCCAUCCCAAGGGGGUUUUUGCCGCCUGCAAUUCCAUCUGUGUCCUUAUUUUCUAAGAUGUUGGCUGCAUCCUUUUCCAUUGCCGUUGUGGCUUAUGCUAUCGCAGUAUCUGUAGGAAAAGUCUAUGCCACCAAGUAUGAUUACACCAUCGAUGGGAACCAGGAAUUUAUUGCCUUUGGGAUCAGCAACAUCUUUUCAGGAUUCUUCUCUUGUUUUGUCGCCACCACCGCCCUGUCGCGCACUGCUGUCCAAGAGAGCACCGGGGGAAAGACACAGGUUGCCGGCAUCAUCUCAGCUGGGAUUGUGCUGAUCGCCAUUGUUGCCCUGGGGAAGCUGCUCGAACCUUUACAGAAGUCGGUCUUGGCAGCUGUUGUAAUUGCCAACCUGAAAGGGAUGUUUAUGCAGGUGUGUGACAUUCCUCGUCUGUGGAGGCAGAACAAGAUUGAUGCUGUUAUCUGGGUGUUUACAUGCAUAGCAUCCAUCAUUCUGGGGCUGGACCUGGGUUUACUGGCUGGCCUUGUAUUUGGAUUGCUGACUGUUGUCCUGAGAGUUCAGUUUCCCUCAUGGAGUAGCCUUGGAAGCAUCCCUAGCACAGACAUUUAUAAAAGUACCAAGAACUACAAAAAUAUUGCAGAACCUGAAGGAGUGAAGAUUCUUAGAUUUUCUAGUCCUAUAUUUUAUGGCAAUGUCGAUGGCUUUAAAAAAUGUAUCAAGUCUACAGUUGGAUUUGAUGCCAUUAGAGUGUAUAAUAAGAGGCUGAAAGCACUGAGAAAAAUACAGAAACUCAUCAAGAAAGGGAAAUUGAGAGCCACAAAGAAUGGUAUUAUCAGUGAUAUUGGUUCAUCAAAUAAUGCUUUUGAGCCUGAUGAAGACAUUGAAGACCCUGAAGAAUUUGAUAUACCAACCAAGGAAAUAGAGAUUCAAGUGGAUUGGAACUCUGAGCUUCCAGUCAAAGUGAAUGUUCCGAAAGUGCCAAUCCACAGCCUCGUGAUUGAUUGUGGAGCUGUAUCUUUCUUGGAUGUGGUUGGUGUGAGAUCCCUGCGAGCGAUUGUCAAGGAAUUCCAAAGAAUUGAUGUAAAUGUGUAUUUUGCUUCUCUUCAAGAUUCUGUGAUAGAAAAGUUGGAGAAGUGUGGUUUCUUUAGCGAUAACAUUAGGAUGGACAUAUUCUUUCUGACCGUCCACGAUGCUGUCCUCCACCUACAGAACCGGAUUAAGUCCCGAGAGGUGCAGGAUUCCAUUUUAGACACGAUCACCCUUAUGCAAGAUUGUAAAGAUCCUCUUGAGUUAAUGGAAACAGAGCUGAUUGAAGAAGAACUUGAUGUCCAGGAUGAGGCGAUGCGUAGACUUGCUUCCUGA